CCUCAAGAUCUUGAAAACCGAAGAAACCGCUAAAAGAGAGAUCAAAAUGCUUGAAGCAGUGAGCGUUCUUGACCCAGCCAUGAAGAAUGUGGUUCAUUUCUUUGAGCAGUUUCAACACAAAGGACAUACCUGUCUAGUGUUUGAAAUGCUGGACAGGAGUCUUUUACAACUGCUCAGCGAACAGCAAGGGACGCCACUCUCUCUCCAUGAGAUACGGCCAAUAACCCACCAGUUGCUGAUGGCCUUGGAUGCUCUGAAGGGCAUUGGUGUGGUUCACUCAGACCUGAAGCCAGACAAUAUAAUGCUGGCAAACCAUCUGAGUGAGCCCUUCAGAAUAAAACUGAUAGAUUUUUGGUGUCGCUCGUGUCCGAGAAGAGGUAUUUGGGAAGACAAUUCAGCCUCUGGGUUACAGGCUGUGUGCUCGGUCUUGUACCUCUGCAAACACCUGUUUGCGAUAGACUGCGAGUACCAGUCAAUGAGGGGCAUUGUAGACGUCCUGGGCCAGCCAGCUGACCACCUUCUCUGUGCUGGGAAAUGCACACAAAAUUUUUUCAAGGUGGAAAAGCACUUGGACAGCCCAAGAUGGUGGAUGAAGACCCCAAGGGAAUACCAGCUUGACACUGGAAUUGAGCCGAAAACAUGGGACACAACAAUCAGAAGUCUGGAUGACCUGAUAACACACAACCCAGACACACGGGAAUCCAUUGAGCUGGAGGAUCAGAGAGCCUUUGUCAGCCUGCUGACAUGCCUUCUAGAUACAGACCCAGAGAAGAGAAUCACUCCGGGGAAGGCUCUCGAUCACCCCUUUGUAACAAUGGUCCAUCUGGAAGAUGAAAUAGACACCAGCUUUUAUGUUGAAGAUUCUUUAGCGAAAAUGAGGAUCUUACCAAUGGACAACAUGGACCUAUUUCUUGACUGUGCGGCUGAGGAAGAGCCCAAAGAGGAAGAGCCUUCGGCCAUACCUCGUCAUACAGACGCAGGCUCAGUCCUUCCUGGCUCCUGUGAUGGCAUUAAAAACAUGCCUCAGUCUUCUGAAGGAGCAGAAGCUGCUGCAGGAAUAGACACUACUGGCUCGGCUAUAAAGGAACCAACUGUUAGCCAAGGUGCAACCAGUCCAGCUGAGGAUGCAUCGGCCAGUGGCGGGUCACCCGAUGAAAGUCUGCCUGCUAAAGUCAAGAAGAGCCCGCUGAAGAGAGUCCGAAAAUUCUUUGGCAGGGCAAUAAGGACCAUUUUACGACUGAAAAAAGUCAAUAAAUAAAUGCUGGAUGUCAUAUUCAUAUCAGUCAUACUUUUUGGAGGAGGCCAAGUGUGAAUGGUUGUUAAAUCUCCUGGGAAGGGAUGAACGGAUGGCAUUAUCCCUCUCUCUCUCUCUCUUUUUCUCUUCCCCUCCUCUCUUUCUCUCCAACCCAACCGGUCAAGGCAGAUGGCCAGCCACCCAGAGUCUGGUUCUGCUCAAGGUUUCUUCCCGUUAUGAGGGAAUUUUUCCUCGCCACUGUCGCCAAGUGCUUGCUCAUGGGGGAAU